AUGAAUAACAACACGCAGCGGCAAUCUAUGGCAACCUCGGGCAGCGCGGUUAAGCAGAGGCAGCUGACGCAGCUGCACUCUCAGCUGGCCCAGCUGUCCGCCAAUCUCGCGGACACCGAGAACCUGCUGCGCAUGACCAGCGUCCAGGCUGAGUGUAUGCGCGGUCUGGGAAGUUGGCAUGGUGGACUGUGA